AGUUAUGCUUAAAUACACAAAGAGUUGCUUAGGACUAAAUUCUGCCAAUCCCACAAAGAGAUGAAGAUAAUACUGAUUUCUUCUUGCCGCCUUACAGAAUCCCAACGCUGGUGAGAGACUCUGAUUAAGUUGCUUAUUUUCAAACUAGUUUGUUGGAUCCUUGAAUUUGUCACAAAGAUAUGCCUCAGCUUACCACAUAUCAACUUCUCUAGAAUUUCAGCUCAAACCAAGGUGACAUCAGCCCAGCCUACACACACUGUUGACAGUUCAUCAAAACAGACCACAUUUUCCUUCCAGCUGUUGGCAAUUUUACUUUCCCAUCUGUAGUUUCCUUGCAUCAUCCUAUUGUCAAUUGUUCUCCUAGGAAACUUAGUCUCAACCAUCUUUAUGGCUAUUCAUCUGCUAUUCACAGAGUCUCGCAGGCACUCUGAGGGCAUGGAGUGUCACACUUUGACUUGCUCAUUUGUGGACAACUCAUGAGACAUUACAAUUAUGAACUUUUUGUUGAGUUCUUAAGUAUAUUGGUUUUGGUAUUGGGGAUGGGUACAUAGUUAAAUUUUAUUUGCAUUACUGGUCUGGCUAUAGGAAUGUUCAUACAAGAUGUGACUGUUAGUGGGUGGUUCGAGUUAUCCUCUAAUGGCAUUAUAUGGUCUCCUAUGUUAGGUGGAAUCUGUAUGAUCAUAAAAUUUACUCUAUGACAACCUUUUUGGUUAUUUUUACCCAAAAAAAAGAAAGAUUUUCAGGUAUGUUUUUGAAGCAGGGCAUUUCAAGACAAAGGGGUGGAUACAUGGAAGUUUGUGCCCUCAAGGGAGAUCCUUUUCAAUUCUUUUAUUUUAAUGCUACAGUUGCUUUAAGUCGUAAGGACUUUACUUCAAUCUGUAAACCAAAUCUUCCUUACCUCUUACUUGAAAACUUUCCAGUUGCUUGAUAUAAAUUAAUUUUUCAAAUCACCAUGAAGGAAUAUUGUUUCCAAAUCUAUACAUGCAAUCUUUAAAUCUUUCUAGCUGCUAGACCAUGUACUACUCUAAUGAUGACACCUUCAAAACUUGAGAGAAGAUUUCUUCAAAAUACACUCCUCUUUGCUUAAAGCCUUUUAUUGAAAGUCUUGCUUUAUACCUAGGCUGCAAAACAUUCUCUUCAGUUUUCAACAUGUACACCUGUUUAUUCUUGAGUUCUCUUUCACAUUCACGCAACUUUUAUCUGCUCAUAAGUAUUGUUGUCAUGUAAAGCACAUCUAACCACUUUAAUAUGUUAUGGCUUUACCAUAACUGUCCAACUUUUGCCCACCAAUGAGCAUCGUGUGAUCUACAAGAGAAUAUCUAAUUGAAGGUUGUCUAGCUGUAGAAGAGCUUAUCUCUAUUGAUUUUCAGCCGAAGAACAUCUCUACUCCUCUCCGCUCUCUUAGCAAUUGGAUCCUAUAGUUUAUGGUCAAAGUCAUGAUGAAAGGAAGAUACAUUGCUUUGCUUAGAAUCAAACUUCCAUAUCCAUCCUCUGAAAUGUGCUCAUAAACAACACAACCAAACACCUUCAAGUGUUUGUAGGAAACAUUCUUUUUGGAUCACACCUAUACUGGCACAUCAGUCUACACAGGAGGUAAAGAUAUGGCAUAGCAACAUGCCAUACAACAAAAUAGCAGAUAGGAAAGGUCACCAAGGAUGGAUGAAAGAGGAAGGUCCAUAUUUCAUUUUUCCUGGUGGUGGAACAAUGUUCCCAGAUGGAGCUGUGCAAUAUAUUGAGAAGCUUAAGCAGUAUAUUCCCAUAGCAGGUGGAGUUCUAAGGACAGCUCUUGAUAUGGAAUGUGGGGUUGCAAGUUUUGGUGGGUAUCUCUUAUCUGAAGAUGCUUUAACUCUCUCCUUUGCUCCAAGAGAUUCACACAAAGCACAAAUACAGUUUGCUCUGGAAAGAGGAAUACCAGCAUUUGUCGCAAUGCUUGGAACUCGAAGAUUUCCAUUUCCUCCUUUCUCAUUUGACUUGGUUCACUGCUCUCGAUGUUUGAUCCCUUUUUCAGCAUAUAAUGCAUCAUAUUUUAUUGAAGUGGACUGGUUGUUUCGCCCUGGAGCAUAUUCAGUUAUCUCAGGUCCCCCUGUCCAAUGGCCUAAACAAGACAAGGAAUGGGCAGAUCUUCAGUCAGUGGCUCGGGCAUUGUGUUAUGAGUUGAUUGCAGUAGACGGGAACGCUGUCAUUUGGAAGAAACCUAAUGGGGAUUCAUGUCUACCAAAUCAAAAUGAAUUUGGGCUAAAACAUUGCGAUGAGUCUGACGACCCAAGUCGUGCAUGGUAUUUCAAGUUAAAGAAAUGUGCCACCAGGAUAUCGUCUGUGAAAGGAAAAUAUGCUGUUGGGGUGAUUCCAAAGUGGCCAGAUAGGCUAACAAAGGCUCCCUCAAGGGUUAAGAUUAUGAAAAAUGGAAUUAAUAUGUUUGAUGCUGAUAGCCGGCGGUGGGCAAGGAGAGUUGCUUACUAUAAAACUUCUUUGAACUUGAAGCUUGGCACUUCAGCUGUACGAAAUGUUAUGGACAUGAAUGCAUUUUUUGGAGGCUUAGCUGCUGCAUUAUCAUCUGAUCCUUUGUGGGUGAUGAAUGUUGUUCCUUCUCGCAAGCCUUUGACUCUUGACGUCAUUUAUGACAGAGGCCUAAUUGGAGUUUACCAUGACUGGAUCAAAUACAAUGUAAGUGUGGUUGCUGACAAGGGCCCGAAGAAAUCCCAUUUUUCUACACUAAUUUGAGAAGUUGAAUGGACCAGGUAAUUCUAUUGUUGUUUGGUAAUGUAUUCAUAAACAGGCACAACUCUCAAUUGCUAAAUGAUAAAUUUGAAUAAAGAUGGUUGCAAUUCUCUUUUGUUAAAAUCUUUUACAUAGCUGACUUUGUCUUCCGCAACUCCUAAGCCAUGGCUUUUUGAAAGUUAAUGUUUGUGGAGAAUUCUAAAUUUGAAUGUUGUGGUUUAGACUUGUCAAUUUUUUUUUAGCUAAUUACUUCAAUUUAUCUAGUAUUGUUAUUGGAUUAUCUCUCUUGGUCUUGUGUAAAUCAUCAAAAUCUGAAAUCUAAUGUCUCCGGGGGAAUCUUAAACCUGAAUGUUGUGGUUUAUUAAUGUCUAUUUCUUUUUAUCUAGUUACAUCCAUUUAUUUAGUAUUAUUCAUUCUAAACAUGGUUGCAUUGUCUUCCCUACUUAAGUUAAUUUGCUGACAUUCUUCUAUUAAUAUGAAAAAAUGUGCUGAAAAAAUGGUGUGGAUUAAAGUUGGCAAAAAAAUGAAUUGUUAUGAAAAUGAAUUACAUCAAUUAUUUAGUAAUCUUGUUUAAUCAUCACUCUCUGCCCUAUAAUAUGUGUAAAGCAUAGCGUUUUGAAACUUAAUGUUUGUGUAGAAUUGUGAAAUUGAAUGUUGCGGUUUAUCACUGUUGAUUACCUUUUAGCUAAUCAAUUCAAUUUAUCUAGUUUUGUUCUUGGAUCAUCUCUUUUGCUCGUGUAAAUCAUCACCUUUUGAAACUUAAUGUCUAUGGCGAAAUUGUAAACUUGAAUGUUGAGAUUUAUCAAUGUCAAUUUCUCUUUUUCUAGUUGCAUCCAUUUUUUUAGCAUUGUUCGUUUUAAAAAAUGCAUCUUCCUGCGUAAGUUAUAUCUAAAAUAUUUUUAGACCCACAAUGUUUUCUCGCUCUUUGGCCAAAAUAAUAAUGUAUAAAAAAUUGAUUAUUGGUUCAUAUAACUAAUUCCUGUGCAUCAUUAUUGCAUUCCAAUUAGAAUGGUAAUUUGCUCACAUUCUUCUAUAAAUCUGAAGAAAAGUGGUGAGAAAUAAGUGUGGAUAAAAGUCGGUGAAAACAUAAAUUGUUAUUCAAGUGAAUUAUGUAGUUUAUCAUAUAACUAAUUAUGUAGCUUUAGUUAAUGUUUGUGUAAAAUUAUGAUAGAGUGUUGCAGUUUAUCACUGUCGAUUUUUUUUAGCUAAUCACUUCAAUUGAUCUAGUAUUGUUAUUGGAUAA